UCUACUUCUUCUACUCAUCUUCCUUUCUCUCAUCUCCUCAUUCCAGGUACCGGUAAUAUUCUCUCUCUUCAAUAUAUUCACAUUAUAUUCAGUCUCUCCAUAACUUCUGUUUGGUUGCAGGUUUUAUUUGCAACAACAAGGGAGAAUGAAAUAUCCAUAAACAAUAAUACAAAUCAAGAAACCCCAUUUUCUCCAAAAGCAUCAUUAACCCGUUAUUGGAAAUUACACAUUUCUAAUUCCCUCCCAAAACCCAAUUUUCUCGUCUCCAAAGCCUCUCCUCUCUCCGCCGUCAAAGCCGCCUUCUUUUCGAAUCUCGCCGCCCAUAACAAACUCUCCACCUACUUCUCCUCCUUCUGCUCCGCCGCAAAUCUUCUCUGUUCCUUCCACUCUGCCAACAAUCCGAAUCGCUAUAGUGAUUAUUAUAAAACUUAUAAAUUGGUCAAACCGGGGAAGAACGCAACCUUUAUCACCGGUCCCAACUUUGUAAAUUAUAAAUCUGUCGAACCGGGGAAAUUCUUUCGAGAAUCCCAACUUAAAUCGGGCACAAUCAUAAAUAUGCCCGACAUCCGCGACGACAUGCCCGAAAGGUCGUUCUUGCCCCGGUCUAUAGUCUCGAAACUACCGUUUUCAACCUCGAGGUUAGACCAAUUGAAGCAAUUGUUCCAUGCAAGCCAUGACUCGGUGGCCGAGCGAGUCCUGGUUAACACGCUGACGGUGUGCGAGAGAGACCCUAGCCCGGGCGAGACCAAACGAUGCGUCGGAUCCAUUGAGGACAUGAUAGAUUUUUCAAUCUCGGUUCUCGGCCCAAAUGUGGUGGCCCAAACAACCGAGAAUACAAACGGGUCGGGACAAAGUGUUAUGAUUGGAAACGUUGUUGGAUUAACGGAUGGAAAUAUAACUAAAUCCGUGUCUUGCCACCAAAGACUUUACCCUUACUUGUUGUAUUAUUGCCAUUCUGUUCCUAAGGUUAAGGUUUAUUCGGCGGACAUUCUCGAUGUACAAACUAAGGUAAAAAUUAAUAAUGGGAUUGCAAUUUGUCAUCUCGACACAUCUGAAUGGAUCCCGGGACAUGAGGCUUUUUUGGCGCUUAAAUCAAGCCCCGGACUCAUAGAGGUUUGCCAUUGGAUAUUUGAGAACGAAAUGAAUUGGACUGUUGCAUAUUCACAGUGAUUUGUAUUGUUAAUUUAUGUGACACCAUUUGUGUGGCAUAUGGAGUGAUUAUGUAUAAUUAGUUUAUGUUUUGUAAUAAUGUUUGUGGUUAAUUAAUUGUAAAACACGAUUGAAGAGUGUUAGAAGGUAA